UCCGGUAGAGUUCUUUUACACAUGAAAAAAUUUUAUAAAUAUUAGGGUUAAAGCACCACAAGUUUGUGAAGUUGCUUUCGGGAAAAUUUCAUUGCCUCCGGCAUAUGUACGUGGACCAAAAUAAAUUUCGACAUUAGGCGUUUUAUUUUUGUCAUCGUUGUUUAGUGUUUGCGGUGAAUCAAAUAUAGAUAGUAAUCUCGGUGCAAGGGAAAAACUUUGCAAGUAUCGAAGGCCUUUCAAAUCAUUAAGUAUGUUUUUAAUAAUGAAAUAAUGUGCCAAUAAAAAUUCGUUUGGUGGAUCUGCCAAAAGUUUAAGGUUUUAGUCCUAAAAGGAAUAUAACGGGAAGCAGACGUUUGCUGAACGCAUUUGAAAGUGAAAGAUUGCAGCAAGAUGACUCUAUCGAUAAAAUGCAGGGCAGAUGAUAAUGAUAAACAUAGCAGCGACGUAAGUUGCCUUCUUCAUCACAAAUCUAAGCUUUACAGUGCUGCUGAUGAUGGAAAGAUAAAGGUUUGGUCAAAUGAUUUAAAACUACUUGGUACUGUAGAAGCCCACCCUUGUUCUGUAUUCAGUUUGACCGCCAGUGAAGACACAAUUUAUUCGUGUUCGAAUGAUGGAACAAUUAAAUCUUGGACAUUGGAUCUACAAGAAAAAGGUUUGGUAUACAAGGGCGAAACAGAAAUAUGGAAAGUUUUAUACGUUAAUGGGAUUCUGUACGCCGGAGAUGACCAAGGAGAUGUAAUGCUAUUUAAAAACGACAAAUUCUUCUGUGGCAUCAACAUAUUGGAGCCAGUGAAAGACAUGAUAAUUGUGGGAAACGUUAUUUAUGCCAUAAGGGACAUUUAUCUUACCAUGGUGGAAAUUCAUAUCAAAGAGGAUGGCAAGGGGAUGUACAGCAUAAUAAAAUCGGUCCAUGGAAGGGGUCCCAUAAACUUAACCGAUGGAAAAUUGUUUUUCAUGAACCGGGAAGGAAAGGGACUUGUGGUCAUAGAAAGUUCUAAAGAAAAACAGUACAAAGAAGUUGCACAGUUGGAUAAUGCUCAUGAUCUCAUUAUAAAUACAAUAUUCGCCGAAAGGUUCAACAAUGUCACAAAAAUAUAUACGGGGGGUUGGGACAAAUUGAUAAAAGAAUGGACAUUAUCGCCUAAUAACAAAAUUGAGCCUGGAAGGUCUUGUUCUGUCGAUUUCUCAGUGAGUAUUAUCACUUCGACUGGAGAUGGUAAAAUAUUGUUUGCAGCAGGUGGUGAUGGACAUCUCGUGGCAAUUGAUAUAUCGUAAUAAUGUUUGUGCUCAUGUUAUUUAUUAUUGUUGUGAUUCGGUGUAAGUAUGUGUUGCUGAAUUUACUGCAGAUGGUCAUUUUAAACGUUAGAAAUUAGAUGUGAUUUAUGUUCCAACAUGUAGAUAUAUAUGAAAAUAAAUUUCUUGGAAAGAUG